UUCCUAAAACAAUAAUGUUUAGCGUUCAGUUUAUUUUAAGGAACUGGUAUAGACUCCUGGUGAAAAUGCAGCAGCAGCUCAAGUGUUGCUUUUUUUUUGGGAACAAUACUGAUUGCAUUCUUCAUAAUUUGCUGGGAUUCAAGGAGAGAGAGGACAUUUUACCAGCAAACGGCCUCAUCACUAGAUCUCACACACCUCAAAAUGCGGCAAGAACAUAGAAGGCGUAUUAUAAGAGAGCUUUGCUCGGCCAGCAGCAGUGUGAAUUUUACUGAGAAAUUAAUCAAAUUUGACCAGAUUCCAAACAAAGCCCUGGACCACCUCAUUGUGGAUGAUCGCCAUGGUGUUAUUUACUGUUUUGUACCAAAGGUAGCCUGUACCAACUGGAAACGAGUCAUGAUUGUGCUCAGCCAGAACCUGAAGGCACCUGAUGGAGCUCCGUAUCUGGAUCCUCUUGACAUACCAUACAAGAUAAUCCAUAAUUCUACAUUGCAUAAGACGUUUAACAAGCUUUGGAGGCGUUUUGGACGUUACUCACGUCCUUUGAUGCAUCACAAACUGAAGAAUUACACAAAGUUCCUUUUUGUACGGGAUCCUUUUGUACGACUUAUUUCUGCUUUUCGGGACAAGUUUGUUAAGCCAGAUGAGUAUUUCUACAGUCAUUAUGGCUCCACAAUGCUUCAACGUUAUGCUAAUAUCUCAAAGCCCCCUGACUCUGCCAAAGAAGCAUUUGCUACAGGUAUUAGAUUGUCCUUUACUCACUUUAUUAAGUACCUGUUAGAUCCAAAGACUGAGGAGGAGAAGCCAUUUAAUGAGCAUUGGCAGCAGAUGUACAGACUCUGCCAUCCGUGCCAAAUUGAGUAUGACUUUGUAGGCAAACUUGAAACUCUUGAUGAGGAUACAGAACAAUUGUUGAAGAUUCUUGGUCUGGAUGAUUACAUUCACUUUCCCCCAGGGUAUGAGAACAGGACAGCAGUAGACUGGGAACGAGAAUGGUUUGCAAACAUUUCAGUAGCUGACAGAAGAAAACUCUACCAUCUUUAUGAAACAGACUUUAAAUUAUUUGAAUAUGACAAACCUGAGACCCUUCUGGAUGAAUGAUUACAUAUUACUGUCUAAAAAACUGAUUUCUGCUCAGUUCUGCUCU